AUGCGAUUCAUUCCCAUUGAGAAACUAACAAGCAUCCAGGAGUAUCCUCAGCAGGUGCGAAAUGUGUGCAUCUUGGCGCAUGUCGAUCACGGCAAGACUACGUUGGCGGAUUCGCUGGUUGCCGCUAACGGCAUCAUCUCUGAGCGGAUGGCCGGAAAGCUCAGAUACCUGGAUAGCGAACUUGAAGAGCAAGAACGCGGUAUUACGAUGAAAUCCAGCGCGAUUGCUCUCUAUUACAAUAAAAAUGGUAAACACUAUGCUUUGGCUUUGUUUUUUUUGUUUCAUGUUGAUCGGUUUUUUCUUUUUCUAUACGCAUUCACGUUAUUUUAAGU